AUAAUGAAAUUAAUCCAUUCGGACAUUGUUGUUCAUAGGAAAAAAGGGGUGUGAUAUGCACAUGACGUUAAUUCGCAUCCUCGGGGAGAUAAACUGAGGGUCGAAAGUUUAAGUGGAAGAAGUAAAUUGACCGUGGGAUUGUUUUGUUCCUAUCCUAGGUCAAUAGCUUCGUUCGGACACCAGAACAUCUUUAGCCGAUAAAUAUUUUUGAGGAUGACGACGGCCAAGGUGCUUCUGCUCGCCUGCGGCUCCUUCAACCCGCCGACCCUGAUGCACUUUCGCAUGUUCGAGGUUGCCAGGGACACUUUGCGGCGACAAGGGUAUCAGGUCGUCGGGGGUGUCGUCUCUCCGGUGCACGAUGGCUAUGGGAAAGAGGGUUUGGCCAAGAGUGAGGACCGUCUGGAAAUGCUGCGUUUGUGUGCCGGUGAUUCGGACUGGAUUCGAGUCUCAGACUGGGAGUGUCAGCAGCAGGAAUGGCAGCUCACCCUGAAGGUGCUGCAGCAUCACCAGAAUUGCCUGAACGCGAUACCCUCUUGCAACAUCAAUUCGAAUGCAAGCCCGGUGAAAAACGGACCAAAGAAGCAACGAAUCGCCGACUCGGAGUUCCCACAGUGGCUCUCAACCACAGCAGUGACGGCUGCCCUCGAAGGAGAGGUCAAAGUGAAGCUUCUAUGCGGCGCUGACAUGUUCCAGACCUUCAUCAAGCCUGGUCUUUGGAGGCAGGAGCAUGUGGAGGAAAUUCUCGGGCAUUUCGGAGUUGUGGUUCUGCACCGGGACGGCUGUGAUCCUAACGAUUUAAUUUAUGAAAAUGAUCUCAUUAACAAAUAUCAGUCAAAUAUAGUGGUAGCUAAAGAAUGGGUAUCCAACAACGUUAGCUCUACAAAAGUGCGAAGAGCCGCUAGAAGAGGCGACAGCGUCAAAUACCUGGUCCACGACAAGAUUAUCAACUUAGUGACGCAACUCUACAGCGGCAACAAGUAUAAGUACACAGGCAUGUUCCCGACGCCGUCGCCGAACGACGUGCUGAUGGAGUCGACCUCGCCGACCACCAACAUGAUCAACGAGCUGAACGCGCAAAGGUCGUUGGUGGUGACGGCGCCGCGCCGCCCGCCCAACCUGCUGAUCGAAAAGGGCGCCUUCCCCGGGCAGGCCAUCAAGGUGACGGAGGAAAAGGGCGUGGUGGCCACAGGUUCAGAACGAGUCCAUUGCAUGAGCAGUCUUAAGGACUAUGUCAUGAUCAUCAGUGAAUGCAACAACCAGAAAAACCAAUCCAACAAUAACCCUAUCGAUUAUGUUUGAGCCAAAACGAGACGCUCUCUGCAUCUUGUCCCCGUGAACUGAUUGUACAGUAGAACAUUAUAUUGUGAUUUUAUUUUUUAUUUUCCCUGAACCAUUGCAACUUCAGCAUGCAUUUCAUGACAACUACUUUUAAAUAUUAUAUUUGGUGUAGCUAAACUUGUGUACAUAUAUAUUGGCGUUUAAAAGACUCGAAACCUUUGUUACCAGCAGGUCUGACCUUAUAGUCAAUAAAGUUAAACGUGAAAAUGGAAAA